AUGGUGUCAGGGAGGCACCGGACCACGCUGAGGCGAGCGAGGCGGCUCCGGCGCUCCUUCGUCCAUCCUCAGCCGCCGACGUCGGCCCGGCGCCCCUGCCCUUCCCCGCCGCGCCCGCAGACCCCGCCCAGCGCCGAGCCGCUCGGCCGCACCAGGCGCGCCCCGGGAGCUCCGGGCAUCACAGCGGCGCCGGCGCCCGGGGGAGGCCGGGCCGGCGUCCUCUACGUAACCGACAGCUCUGGAAAGAGAAAAGGUGCGGAGGGGUCCUGGCGGAGGCAGCCGCUCCCUCCGCCGCCCCGAGGGGACGCCGUCCCCCGGGCCACUCGAAAGCAUGAAAUGGGCGGCAAAAGCGCAGCAGACGCCUACGGGACCCGGACGGUCCCCGAGAGGCAGCAAGCAGCGCUCCCGCGCUUCGCCCGUCGCGCUCCCGCCACGUCUCCGGGCUGUGCCGCCCGCUCCCCUCCCUGCGGUGGGGGCUGGGCGGCGGCUGGGCCCCCACCGUUGCCGCGCUCCCCACACCCGCGCGAGGCCGGCUCUCCGCCCGGAACGCCGGGGCGCUUCCCGCAGAGGCGACACCGACUCCGGCGCCGCAACCAGAAACCACGGCACAGCCCAGAAGUCCCCAGGCCACCCGCUCCCCAGCACCCUUCGGGGAAAUCUCGUGCACCUCUGCAGGAGGCGAGAAUAAAACAAACAAAAACCCCGUAAAACUGAAACCGGGCCGGGCGGCGGCAUGGGUGGCAGUGGCAGUGGCAGCGGUAGCAGCCCGGCGAGCGCGGACACACGCCCCGUCUCGCGCUCCGCUGCUCCAGUGAGUCCGGACGAACCAUAGAGAUCACUUAAGGAGGCUCGCGCGCUACUCCCCACCACGUGACCGCCCCGCCAGGCCGCCCCCCGCGCCGCCAUCUUACAUCCGGGACCGAGGCGGCGUCCCUUUUCCCCGACUUGGCAAAACUUCGACGUGUCACUAGAAAUCAGCCCCUAAAGGGGGGGACCCCGAUUCCACGUCACCAAAGUGCUGAGGCCGUGGGCCAUGCCCCCCAAUCCGCUUUACGGGGCAAAGUGGAGCCCCUAACUUCUCUCGGUUUUUGCCCGCAAAGAAAAUGGCGGCACUUACCGCCGUCUAAGUGGACACGUUGUCUUCUGGCCGGGGUUUAAAGUUUCUGGCACCUCCUUUCGCAUCCGGCAAGGACACCGCCACAUGCGCUCCACCCCGCGGCGUGGCCGCCGUGCUACAUUACGCAGAAAACCGGCGGGAAAGCUGCUGCACCGCUUACUUUAAUGCGCAGGCUCCUGGGACUUG